AUGGAUCGCCGAUUUCACGAGUCACCAUGGAAACUCAAAGCGAAAAAAAGAGCUGCGUAUUUCACAGAGGCGGAGUUGGAAGUUUUAAUGCAUGCUUAUGAGGAGUUUAAGCCAAUAAUAUUAAAAAGAAGCAAUACAGCUGCAUCGGCUAAAGCAAGAGAGUUGGCUUGGCAAAAAAUAACGGACAGAGUAAAUGCGUGUAAUCCUUCUGGAGCCACAAGAACUUUAAGCCAAGUCAAAAUGAAACACAAAAACAUUCUGCAAAAAGCUAACAGAAAGAAGACUGAAGCCCGUCUAACUGGCGGGGGGCCACCACCACCUCCCCUCACCCCAUCUGAGGAGCUGGCUCUGUCCCUUAAUAAAGGGCGACCAGUGGUUGCUGGCAUUCCAGGGGGCAGUUCAUCACACAUACUAUGCACCACAAGUGAUGGUGAAAAAAGGGUGAAAUAUACUGAUGGACGGAUUGUAUUAUUGGACUCUCCAGAAAGAACACAGUCUGUCACAGUUGAUGAAGAUGAUGAUGACGAUGAAGAGACCACAUCUGCUGUGACAGAAGUGGACAAUGCUGGUAGAUCCACUGAGUACAUACCUAGGGAUUUGCCCACAGAUGAGGGUCCUUCAGCCUCAGCACACAAUCUAAGCAGGUUGCCAGCAAAGGAGCUGUAUAAGGUCCAUCUUCAAAAAACAAAUAAGGGAAAAAGUGACGGUGAUGGACCUUAUACAGCUUGA